AUGACUGUCAGCAAACGUUCAAAGCAAUGGUGGAAGCAGGCCAUCAUCUACCAAAUCUACCCUGCAUCAUUCUGCGACUCCAACGGCGAUGGCAUGGGUGAUCUCCAAGGCAUCAUAUCCAAGCUAGACUACAUCGCUAGCUUAGGCGUUGAUGUUAUCUGGGUAUGUCCCAUGUACGACAGCCCGCAGGUCGAUAUGGGCUAUGAUAUCUCCAACUACGAAGAUGUCUACGCUCCAUACGGUACUCUCCAGGACAUGGAAGAGUUGAUCCGCAAGACGCACGAGAAGGGCAUGAAGAUUAUGCUUGAUCUUGUGAUUAACCAUACCUCAGACAAACAUGCUUGGUUUGAAGAGUCAAGACUCAGCAAAGAUAGCCCUAAGCGUGAUUGGUACAUUUGGAGACCUGCCAAGUACUCUCCAGAUGGUCAACGUCUCCCCCCGAACAACUGGCGCUCCAAUUUCGGUGGCGGUAGUGUUUGGGAGUGGGAUGAGACAAGUGGAGAGUAUUAUUUACAUCUGUUUGCAAAGGAACAGCCCGAUCUCAAUUGGGAGAAUCCAGAUACCCGUCGAGCCAUUUAUGCUUCGUCAAUGGAGUUUUGGCUCGACAGGGGCGUUGAUGGCUUCAGAGUCGAUACCGUCAACAUGUACUCUAAACUCCAAGACUUCCCCGACGCUCCCAUCACCGACCCGAAAGCCAAAUACCAACCUGCUGGUCUUCUCUACUGCAACGGGCCCCGAAUGCACGAGUUUCUCGGCGAGAUGAACGAGGUCCUUGAGCGUUACGGAGCCAUCACAGUCGGAGAACUUCCUCAUACUCCAGACCUAGAGAAAGUCCUUCGAUACGUCAGCGCUAAAGAAAAACAACUCAACAUGGUAUUCCAAUUCGACGUUGUGGAUAUCGGUUUCGGAAAGACGCAUAAAUACGAGACGACACCCAAGAAUUAUACCCUUCCUCAGCUGAAAGACGCUGUUGGUCGAACACAGAGUCUGAUUCAGGGAACGGAUGCUUGGACAACUGUGUUUAUGGAGAAUCAUGAUCAAGCACGUUCCGUGUCACGAUUCACAAACGACAGUCCACAGUACCGGACCGCAGGAGCUAAACUUCUUGCCUUGCUGCAGUCUUGUUUGAGUGGUACGCAAUAUGUCUACCAAGGACAAGAAAUCGGGUCCGUCAAUGCACCAAAGGAGAGUUAUCCAUUGGAGAACUACGUCGAUAUCGAGAGUUACCAGUUCCUCGAUUUGGUCAAGGAGAGAUCGAAUGAGGAUGAACAGAUUGACAAGGCUUUCAAUGCUCUUCAACACUUGGCUCGAGAUCAUGCUCGCAUCCCUAUUUGCUGGGGUGAUACCAAGUACGGAGGCUUCUCAGAAGCAGCUGAGAAGGCAGGACAGCCUGUCAAGGAACCCUGGAUGCAAGCUCAUCCUCUGUCACGAGAUAUCAACGUCGCAUCUCAGCUGGAAGAUCCACACAGCGUGCUAUCAUUUUGGAAGAAAGCAUUGCACUUCCGAAAGGAAUUUUCUGAUCUUCUGGUCUAUGGUGACUACAAGCUUAUCCGAAGGGAGGACCCUGACGUUUAUGCUUUUGUUAAGGAGUCCCAGGUUGACGGCUCCAAGGUUGUUGUUGUUCUGAACUUUACUUCUGAGGAGAAGACAUUGAGUACUCUGACGGGAGAAGAGCUUGGUGUUACCGAUGGGAAGGAUGUCAAGUUGGUGCCUAUCAUGUCAACACAUACUGGAAAAGAGCAGAGUGGUGUUUUGUCACCGUUUGAGGGAAGGGUUUACUUGGUGACCUAG